UGGACAUCACACACACCACACGCAUACACACAAUGAGCUCUGUCUUUCGGCUGAAAACACUUAAUUUCAUGCACUGGAUUUGAGCAACCACAGAUUUUUGCUCCCUAUGAGGAAGAAAAUCUUGAAAGCAUCUUGUCUCCUCUUGAGUCUGAUCACGAGUUUAAAUCUCUGCUCCGGAAAAUUUGGGACGCCGAUAACUGAUGAUAUGAACAAGCUGUCGUUACUGAAGGAGAAUAUCCCCUCUGAUUAUGAGAUUCCUGUUAGUUACAUUCCCAAAGAAGUGGCUGGAACGUGCUGGGUGGUGUUGAAUAUUUAUCCUUUGGAGCAAAGUCUUCGGAAGCUGGCAAACAUGUUUGGCACCAUCUCAUCCAAUAAAGAACACAUAAUUGUCUUCCUCGCCAUGCUGAAGAGUUUACGUUUCACCAUUGACCACGAGGAACUGGAAACAGCAAUGCAAGUCUUCCAGUGUCAUUACCAUGAAAAAAACUUAAUGUCCGGUCUUUACUUUGACCACAUCAAAGACAUCUUACAUACUGCCUCUCAAGGAACAUCCGGCUUCCCGUGCAAGCUGCCACCGUGCCUUAAUCAACACCAAACCCCAGGGGGUCGGGAGGAGGGUCGGGAAUACAGCUGGUCGAAGAGAACUCCCAUACUUCUUGCUCUCAUCCCCUUCACAGCUUGUGUUGUCAUCCUAAUGUGGCUGGCAAAGUCUGGAAGGCGUUUACCAGUCUGCAACAAUGCAAAUAGCCAAAUGGAACCUUCUGACAUGAUCCCUACUGUGUCUAUCUCCAUCCCACUUCAAACACUCACCCACACUGCUGACACUCAACCAGUGGGGGAGGUGAUCCCUGAACACGAGAGUGGAUGAAGCAUGACUAACAGAAAAGGGAAAUCUAAACAGCAAGUCAACAACUCACUCUCCAGGUUGUUCUGCUAUGUGCAGGAGCCUGCUGGGUAAAUGAGUGUGGUGGGACACUCUUCCUCUGCUUUCACUCAUUUGAGUGCACAGACCUAUGAGAGAAAACACACCUUCUGCGAAGGCAGGUGUAUCACAAAGUUCCCCAGGUACUUCUAGCACUUAACCAUCCAUAGAGGUUGUUUGGGACCAGAAGAGGAACUUUCUACACAACAAUGGCUGGUUAUCUGCCAAAAUGGCUGGUGAAGCACAUUAAUUGUCUUGUCUUGGUCAGCAUUUGGCUUUGGCCUUCUCUGAGCAGAUCAAGAUUAUUUUGAACUGGAGCCUCAAAACAAAAUGAUAUCAUGCUUUUUGGAGGAUGUCAUUUCAUUCUGAGAUAUGACCCCUGUCAGCAAUUUGUUGACUAUGUCCAGGAGUUUACAGAGACUGUCCUUUCACGAUUGUAGACAGCCGACAUGCUGAAACCCAACCUGCCCCUUUAUUCUGAUAUUCACAGCAAUGCAUUAGGGAUACGGUUCAGAGAGGUGGAUUCAACACUGCGGUUAGUGAAACAAAUGAAAUGCAUCAGAAGUAAAAGGGCAAUCGAAGAAGCUGUAUUUGAUCCACUGCAGCUUGUUGUUGACAUUAUUCUGAUCUGUGAUCUGUCAAAAAUUGCCGACCUGCUAGUCGCAAACAAUGCACUGAGCAGUUCAACAAGUGUCCUACUUUGUGUAUCAAAGAUCUGACCAGAUGGCAGAUAGCCAUCACCAGAGGCACUUUGAAUCCCGUCAUUGUAUUUCAAAGCUGUUGCCCAGUGAUCUAUAGCUGCUGCUCAGCCCCAGUGAGUGUGUUAGUUUUUAAUGCCUUAUUCACAGAGUCAAUCAUGUUCAGUCAUGAGAACAUGACUCCCAGAGUGUGAGCGCUCUUGUACUGUAUGUGUCAGAGAGAGGGAGCGAAAGACAAGACAGACAGGACGAGGGGAAGUGAGGGAGAUAGGGCCGGAUAGAUAGAUGGACGGAUGAGCUCAGUGAGAAGCAUAAGGAGGGCUUGUUCUCGUCACAAAAGAACUGGCCGUAGGCUGGAGGAAAUACCAGUUACAAACACGACUGAUGUCGGCAGAUCCCUAUGAAUCAGCAGGCUAAGAAUCUUUCCAGACCGCAGGCUAUGUAGGCUCAUCCACAGGGGAUUGUUAGUAUUUCAAUAACAGUUUUCUGUAUUCUAAUGAUUUACCUCCAAAACAUAUCAAUGAAAUAUGGAUAGACAUACCUUUAUUCAUUUAAAGUGUUUGUAUUGUCUUUCUGGUGAAUAAUUUUUUACAAUUUUCUUUUUUUUUUAAACAUUUGUGGUAAUCUGUAUUUGUAUUGUAUGUGAGAUGUUUAAGUUAUUUUGUGACAAGAUAAACCACUUACAAAAUGUAAUGACCUUUUUGUACUGUUGUAUUGUUGUAGAUGAAAAUAGACCAUUUCCACUCAAGAAUGUAUGAGGGGUAGACAAAAUACUGUGAAAACACAUCACUUUGAAGUAACUUGGGAUGCCAGUAGUUGUGUCAUCCUAUAUGCAUGUAUAUUGUAUAUCUGACUCUUAGUUUCACCUUCAGAUCCCUAUUUCUCUUUGUCAUGCCUCCUAAGACUUUGAAUGAAGUUUGUCUGAAUGAACCGUUUGUAAACUUCUUGUUGGUUACCCGUCUCAUAUUGCUCCAAUAUUGCUCACAUAUAAAAGUGCUGACUAUCAGGUGUUUUAUGUUUGGUUAGCUGGCAGUC